GUUUCAAUUUAGUUGGUCUUUCGGUGUCAAGCAAUGUAGGCCGCGUGAAUACUUGCCCUCAAAUCAGUGCACAGAAUGGCGAAAGUUGCAUGUGUUUUACUUGCCGUGAUACUAUCAGUAGAAGUUGCAUUUGGAGCAAAUAUUCUCUGCUUAUUUGGAGUAGCUAGUCCAAGUCAUCAUAUCUGGAAUCGGGCAAUUGCACAUGAAUUAGGGGCCAAAGGACACAAUGUGACCAUAAUUUCCGCAGAUGUGGAAAAAGACACUCCACAAAACAUUCACUAUGUUGAACUCGAACAAACGUAUCCGGAGUUGUACAGCGGACCGCACAACAUCGAUUUACUCGAAAUGGCCAAUGAAAACGUGUUAACGUCAAUUGUUUCAUUCUACAAUGACUUUGUUAUUACAGAAUGCAAAGGUAUCUUGAAGUCCAAAGGUUUGGAAUUCGUAAAGAAUUACCCGGACGAUUUCAAGUUCGACCUAGUGAUACACGAUAUGACCUGUGGAGGAUGUAUGCAUGGAUUGCUGCACAAAUUUGGAUAUCCACCCUUGGUCAGCGUAACAGCAUUCAACAAUCCGCCCUAUGUGACCGACGUCAUCGGAGGACAUAAACACGUUGCCUAUAUUCCUUUCUACUCUUUGAGAUACGGCACAGAUAUGACCUUCAUGCAACGCGUCCAUAAUACACUGUUGUACAUAACAGAUUACAUAUAUCGAACAUUUUUCUGCUACCCCAAGCUGGAUCACAUGGUUCGAGACUACUUCCAGUACAAGGACAUGCCAUACGUACCAAACAUGGAUCGUCUCAGCAAAAUAAUCCUAGUGAAUGCACACUAUUCCAUCGAUUUCCCUGAGCCCGCACCACCGAACCUUAUUCCUGUCGGUGGACUGCAAAUUCAGAAACCCAAACCGCUUCCCAAGGAUAUAGAAGAUUUUAUCAAUGCUGGCAAGAAAGGUGCCGUACUAUUUUCGCUUGGAACCAACAUCAGAAGUGAUGAACUCGGAAAGGAACGCCAGCAAAUGUUCAUUGAUGCCAUCAGACAACUACCGGACUACAACUUCCUGUGGAAGUUUGAAUCAGAUUUGGAUUUGAAGCUGCCCAAAAAUCUCAUCAUACGGAAAUGGCUCCCGCAGAGCGAUAUGCUGGCCCACCCAAAGAUAAAAGGCUUCAUAACGCAUGCAGGAUUACUCAGUAUGCAUGAAGCUACUUGGCAUGGUGUUCCCAUGAUUGGAAUACCUUUUAUUGCUGAUCAGCAUCGGAACUUGGAAAAGUGCAUUCGAAUGGGUGUGGCCGAACGUAUCGUUUUCCAAACGCUCUCAACAAAACAAAUCUAUGAUACCGUCCAUAAAGUACUGGAAUCGCCUUCGUACCAGCAGAAUAUGAAAAAAGUAUCCAGCCUAUUCAGGGACCAACCGGAAAAACCACUAGACCGAGCAAUUUGGUGGAUCGAAUGGGUACUCCGUCAUCCUGAUUUCGAGGGUUUGCAGUCACCGGUGUUAAAACUCGGAUUCCUGAAGAGUAACCUAGUGGAUGUCAUCGGAUUUUUCCUUCUAGCUCCUUUAGUGGUGUUCAUAGUUCUGAAGAAGUGCCUUUGUAAGGGACGUCAUAUUGAUAGGGAAAAGAAAACUAAGUGAUCAUACUUGUAUUAAAUGUAAGAGAUUUAUUUUACUUUUUUGUUGUCCUCAGAUACUGCAGAC